AUGAACAUGUUCACAAGACUCAUUCUGGGACUCGUCAUUUUUGAUGCUGCUAUAACCGCCCCAACUCUGGAAACCAUCAAUUAUGACUCAGAAACCUACGAUACCACCAUGGAAGACAUGGAUGAUUUAUACAACUAUAGAAACAUACCUAUUUACCACACUAAGGUUGAAAUAGCUACGGUGAUGCCUUUAGGAAACAGAGAGCUCCUUACCCCGCCCCCUUUGUCCGAGGAGGCCGAAGAUGGAGAGGAGGAGUCCACCCCGAGGUUGAUUGAUGGUUCUUCCCCUCAGGAGCCCGAAUUCACUGGGGUUCUAGGCCCUCACACCAGCGAAGACUUUCCAACCUGUCUUCUGUGUACUUGUAUCAGUACCACCAUCUACUGUGAUGACCAUGAACUUGAUGCCAUCCCUCCACUACCAAAGAGCACUGCUUAUUUCUAUUCCCGCUUUAACAAAAUUAAGAAGAUUAACAAAAAUGACUUUGCAAGCCUAAAUGAUUUAAAAAGGAUUGAUUUAACUUCAAAUCUAAUAUCUGAGAUUGAUGAGGAUGCUUUUAGAAAGCUACCCCAGCUUCGGGAGCUUGUCUUGCGUGACAACAAAAUAAGACAGCUCCCAGAAUUGCCAACCACUUUGAUGUUUAUUGAUAUUAGCAACAAUAGACUGGGGAGAAAAGGAAUCAAGCAAGAAGCUUUUAAAGACAUGUAUGAUCUCCAUCACCUCUACCUCACUGAUAACAACUUGGAUCAUAUCCCUUUGCCACUCCCAGAAAACCUCCGAGCCCUUCACCUCCAGAACAACAACAUUCUAGAGAUGCAUGAAGAUACUUUCUGCAAUGUGAAAAAUCUGACCUAUAUUCGCAAGGCUCUAGAGGACAUCAGACUGGAUGGAAAUCCUAUUAACCUCAGUAAAACUCCCCAAGCAUACAUGUGCCUACCCCGUUUGCCUAUUGGAAGUUUAAUCUAAUUUUAGAUAAUGCUAAGUCUAAUAUUGGCUAUUCUAGAAAAAUAUUUUUUAUUUCUCCUUUCAAAAACCAAUUAGCUACUUUUAAAAUGUCUGCAUAAUAGAAGUAUACAAAAUGUGACUACAAUGUUUAAGAUGUGGCAAUUUAGAAAACAUCAGGUGAAUAAAGAAUAAACCAAAAU